AUGGUCACUGUUCGCCGGCUCAGCACUCCUAUUGGUCAGAAAAUGAAAUUUACUGGAACAUUAUGCACGAAGAACGUGAAGCAUGAAGGCGCUACAUGCGACAAUAUAUCGGCUAAAAUAAAAUGUGGUCAAUAUGGGAUAACAGAGGAGCAAUGCUUAAGCAAUGAUUGUUGUUGGAACCAAGGCGAAUCGAGCGAGUUUGGAUGCUAUUUUAGAGGUCAUGAAUGCUCUGAGGUGCUGGAGAUAGAACGACUACAUUGUGGUUAUCCGGGAAUCACGGAAACACAAUGUAAAAAAAAAGGCUGUUGCUGGGACAAAGAAAAAUCAGGCGUCCCCUACUGUUUUUACCAAAGUGAAUCUUGCGAUGUUUCUAAGCCAGUUGAAAGAGUUGGUUGCGGUAAAGUGGGAAUAACGGAAAGCCAAUGUGAAGCAAUAGGAUGUUGUUGGGAUGACCACAUAGAGGGUGUCCACAACUGUUAUAGAAGAGUACGUCUUCCAGAACUUGCUUAGGACAAAAAGGAGUUUGGUGGUACACGCGAGGAUGAAUAGUAUAGUCACAUGAAAUGUAGUUGUGUAUUCAAGGGUACUCCUUUGUCAUGGCAUUGUAAACAUUCGCGUUGAAAUAAAUCUGCAAGUUAA